AGAUGGCUGACCCUUGGCGAGAGUGCAUGGAUUAUGCGGUAACCCUGGCAAGACAAGCUGGAGAGGUAAUUUGUGACGCUCUGAAAAAUGAAGUGAAUGUCAUGAUUAAAAGUUCUCCUGCAGAUUUGGUAACAGCGACUGACCAAAAAGUGGAAAAAAUGCUUCUCUCAGCCAUAAAAGAGAAGUAUCCAUCUCACAGUUUCAUUGGUGAGGAGUCUGUGGCAGCUGGAGAGAAGAGUGUCUUAACUGACAACCCCACGUGGAUCAUUGACCCUAUUGAUGGAACGACUAACUUUGUACAUAGAUUUCCUUUUGUAGCUGUUUCUAUUGGCUUUGUUGUAAAUAAAAAGAUGGAAUUUGGAGUUGUUUACAGUUGUGUGGAAGAUAAAAUGUAUACUGCCAGGAAAGGAAAAGGGGCUUUUUGUAACGGUCAGCGGCUACAGGUUUCAAAGCAAGAAGAUAUUACUAAAUCACUUUUGGUGACAGAGUUUGGCUCUUCGCGAACACCGGAAAACAUAAGAGCUGUCCUCUCCAACAUGGAAAAGCUCCUUUGUAUUCCAAUUCACGGGAUACGAGGUGUUGGAACAGCAGCUGUUAAUAUGUGCCUUGUGGCUACUGGAGGCGCCGAUGCAUAUUAUGAAAUGGGAAUUCACUGCUGGGAUAUGGCAGGAGCUGGCAUUAUUGUUACAGAAGCUGGUGGUGUGCUGAUGGAUGUAACAGGUGGACCAUUUGACUUGAUGUCACGAAGAAUAAUUGCUGCAAGUAGUAGAACAUUAGCUGAAAGGAUAGCCAAAGAAAUUCAGAUAAUACCUUUUCAAAGAGAUGAUGAAGAUUAAUUA